AAUGUCCGUCGCAAAUGAUAUGUUUUAUUUUACUUUGUGACUGUAAUUAUCGUGGCAUGCGAUGUGGAAUAUUUUCUAGUGUUUACAAUCGUGGAAGUGCUCAUAUUUAACAAAAAUGAUUGUCCAGGAGCCUAUACAGGUUAUCGUUUGGGAUUGUCUGAACAAUUACGAGUAUGACAAUGCUAUAUUUCUGGCAGAGAGAUUGCACGCUGAAGUUAAUUCAGAGGAAACAGCAUUUUUGUUAGGAACCUGUUACUAUAGAGCCCGAAGAGUCAACGAAGCUCACCAUUUAUUGAAAAAUGCAUCCCCAUCACUACCACAGGCUAGAUUCUUACUAGCUAAAUGCUCCAUAGAACUGAAAUAUUACAAAGAUGCAGAGUUGGUGCUGGGAACAAACUUAGAUAUUGUGGCUUCAGAGUUUGGAGAGCAGGCACCAUAUGCCUUGCAAUUACUUGCCAAAAUCUACAAUAUAACAGAAAGGAGAAGUAAAGCAGCUGAGGCGUAUCGAAAAGCCUUGUCACUCAACCCAUUCAUGUGGAAAUCUUUUGCGACUCUGUGCAAUAUGGGUGAAAAAAUAGAUCCCCAUGUAGUAUUCCAAAUUAAUAACACCGAAUUUUCCUUUGGUGUUUCAACAUUAGUGAAUCUAGUCAGCAAUUCAGAAAAUAUAUCUUUUGUGAAUAGCAACAUUCCUAAUAGUAAUACUAGCAUUUCUAGUAUGAAUAAUGUCACACCAAAUAAUAUUGCUACUCGGACCCCUAUGACUAUGUCCACAAGUAUCACACCUGACACUCAGGCUCCUAUGAAGCGUAUGCAUAGUGUGUUCAGUGGGGUUGCUCCAAUACCAUUCUCACCAUCAUUUGGCAUGCUACCAAUGGAAGAAUCUCCUGUACUUUAUACUCCAACACUUACAGAUUCUAAUGAACAGAAAGCUAUACCCAAAAUAGUAAACUCAUUACGAGCACAAAUGGGUCAACUAAAAGAUGCCGUUUUCAGUCCAGCUCCUCGAUGUACCUUAGGUCCUGCCCCUCGAAGAUCUUCAAGACUAUUCAGUAAUAACAAUAGCAGUUACUCAGUUAAAGAAAAUAAUAAAUCACCCAGUAGAAAGUUUGUAGCACCUAAAAGCCCUUCAAGAAAAAAUAAGCAGAGAACUGCCAAAAGCAGUAUUAAGUCUAAUUCCGCUGACUCUACAGAAAAGAAUAAGGGCAUGGAGACAGUAACCCCUAUUACACCAAAGAACUCUAAUGGUGUAGCAUUGUUAGGAUUAAUGAAAGAAUUAGGUGAAGCAUAUAAAGCUCUUGCAUUCCUAGAGUGUAAAAAUGCAAUUAAAUUAUUCCAAGACAUCCCACCAAAGCAACUUUCCUCUCCGUGGGUGCAGACGAUGAUAGCGCGCGCUCAUUACGAAUUGGCGCAAUAUGAAAUUGCUGCCAAAAUAUUUGCAGAAAUAAGGAAACAAUAUCCCAAUCGUACAGAUGGAAUGGAUAUUUAUAGUACAUGUUUAUGGCACCUACAGAAGGAAGCACAAUUAUCAGCAUUGGCUCAAGAAUUAGUAGAAUUAAACAGAAAUGAUCCCAUUGCCUGGCUUGCUUCAGGUAACUGCUUUUCACUUCACAAAGAACGGGAAACGGCACUAAAAUUCUUUAAAAGAGCUGUGCAGUUAGACCCAGACGCAGCUUAUGCACAUGCUUUACUAGGUCAUGAGUAUGCAGUAGCAGAGGAAACAGACAAAGCUUUAGCAAGUUUCAGAACUGCAGUAAGUAUCGAUCCUCGUAAUUACGUGGCUUGGUUUGGCAUAGCAACGGUAUACGCCCGACAGGAAAGAUGGAAAGCGUCAGAAGUGCACAUUAGACGCGCACUCUCCAUACAUCCUCAUUCUGGGGUACUAAGAUGUCAACUAGGAUUAGCACAAGCAGCUCUAGGAAAAAUGGAUCGUGCACUGGCCACUCUUGAAAGGGCGGUGGCGUUAGAUACGGAAAACCCUCUGUGUCGUUUCCACAGAGCUUCAGUGCUGUUACGUGCGGGAAGGCCGCAAGAUGCGCUAUCUGAUCUCCAUCAUUUAAAAGACAUAGCUCCAAGAGAAUCAUUAGUGUACUAUUUACUGGGAAAAGUGCACAAUAAGCUAGGAAAUUCCCACCUCGCUCUGAUGCAUUUUAGCUGGGCUACAGACUUAGAUCCAAAAGGAACUGGUGGCCACAUUAAGGAAGGCUUUGACCCCUCGAAACAAGAUGACCCUCCUGAAAGGUCAACUUAGAAUGGAUGGAUGUGUGUAGAAGGAUUGUAUUGCAGCUUCGCGCACGCGAACGUCGGCGGUGCAGUCGCACUUGACUGAUCCCUUGUAAAUAUCGCGUCUCUGACAGAGUCCUCGAUUGACACCAAAUUCUUCCAAAUAGGUUAGUUAACCUAUUAUAUUAUUGGUAGGGCUCGCAGGUGCGCAGUGGCAUUUAAUUGCUAUAGAAAUAAGGGAGUAUGUGGAUUUGUUUAUAUAGAGUAAGUUGUGGAUAUUCCUAAUAUUAUCCUAGUUCACUAUUAUUAUACCUUGUAAAGCUAAUAAUUCCUAGAAUUAUAGAAUUUUUAAAGAGAUACUUUAGAAAGAUCUAAGACGCAGGGCCUUGAUCUCAAUGGGGUGUUUUCAAUCAAUUUAUCAAUUAUCUCAACAUUUAAAUCAUUGACUAUGGAAUUAUUGUAACAUUGCCAUAAUAAAUUCGUGAUAUAAGUUUGGCUAACAGUCUGCUUUUGUUUGUGUACCUGUUUCGAUAUUAUGAGACGAGGUCGGUGGAACAUGUGUAGUAUUAUAAAAAUUAGACAUGUUUCCGACAACCGCUGGCGGUGCUUAGUUUUUUUUUAUCAUGAUUGUAUUGUAUUUUUAGGCAAAAUUAAGCUUGUGUCAAAACUACUGCAUGUAGACAUUGUUAGGUCCGCUUUGACUCAAUUUCGUUGGGCGAUUUCAAUGUCGCCCAUGUACUCUAGCAUUUUUAUUAAAUCAUAAAGGCGACGAAAAAAACUGCUUUUGAAUGUUAUAAAGGUCUGAAAACGAUCCCUGAUACAAAUUUGACAAUGUUUUUGUACUAUAAUCUAAAUGGGAAAAUGUACAGAAAGCCUGGACCUUAGUUUGUAGUUAAAAUUACUUUUGUCUUUGUGUAUGUACUUGUUACAAAAUAACUAAGCACAGUAUGUCACUUUGAAUUCACCAAUAAACUGUUAUAGUUCUGUGGACAGACAUGUUUAGACCACCUGUAAUUGUAUGUAUGAACUAUAAAACC